CAGCAGCCCCUUCUGACCUCUCCCGUUAUCCCCCCGUUUUCCCCUGCAGCCCCUUCUGACCUCUCCCGUUAUCCCCCCGUUUUCCCCUGCAGCCCCUUCUGACCUCUCCCGUUAUCCCCUCGUUUUCCCCUGCAGCCCCUUCUGACCUCCCCCGUUAUCCCCCCCCGUUUUCCUCUGCAGCCCCUUCUGACCUCCCCGUUCCCCCCUGGUUUUCCCACCACAGCCCCCUCUCCGCUUCGCUUCUGGUCACUACUCCAGCCUGCCGACUUCUGACUCACCUUCCCCAUCCCUCUUCUGUCCUCCUCAAGUCUCCUGUCCCAGGUUUCCCUCUAGCCCCUUCUCCGCCCUCUCUUGCCAAAGGGUCCCUUUCCAUCUCCCUCGGCGUCCCUCCGACCUCCCCCUCCUGGUCUCCGAGCUCCCCGUACCCUAUUCCAUCCUCAGCGCUCUCCUCCCUCCAUCACCCCUCUUCUCUCUGGUCUCCCGUCUCCCUCCUCCCUCCCCCUCCCCUGCCUCUCCCCCUCCCCCCAAUCCCCCUCCCAUCCCUUCCCCCUCCCCCCACCAUGAAGAUGAUGGCCGCCGGCGCGGCGGCGCACGGCCUGUUCUCCGCUCCGGCCCCACAGCAGCAGCCGCCACCGCCACCGCAGCAGCCACCGCCCGCAUCUCACGGCACCUCCAUGGAGUCCGAGGCCCCGGACUCCCGCAAGCGGCCCCUGGAGACGCCCCCCGAGGUCGUCAGCACCAAACGCAGCAACACGGGAGAGGAGGGUGAAUAUUUCCUAAAGGUGCUCAUCCCCAGCUAUGCUGCGGGCUCCAUCAUUGGCAAAGGAGGCCAAACCAUCGUGCAGCUGCAGAAGGAGACGGGGGCUACCAUCAAGCUCUCCAAAUCCAAGGACUUCUACCCCGGGACCACAGAGAGGGUGUGCCUGGUGCAGGGGACUGCAGAGGCCCUGAAUGCCGUCCACAGCUUCAUCGCAGAGAAGGUCCGAGAAAUCCCCCAGGCAAUGGCCAAGCCUGAGGUGGCCAGCAUCCUGCAGCCACAGACCACUAUGAACCCUGACAGGGCCAAGCAGGCUAAGCUGAUAGUCCCCAACAGCACAGCCGGCCUGAUCAUUGGCAAAGGGGGUGCGACGGUGAAGGCGGUCAUGGAGCAGUCCGGCGCUUGGGUCCAGCUGUCCCAGAAGCCCGAGGGCAUCAACCUGCAGGAGCGAGUGGUGACGGUGAGCGGGGAGCCCGAGCAGGUGCACAAGGCCGUGGCCGCCAUCGUCCAGAAGGUGCAGGAGGACCCGCAGAGCAGCAGCUGCCUGAACAUCAGCUAUGCCAACGUGGCGGGGCCUGUGGCCAACUCCAACCCCACGGGCUCCCCCUACGCCAGCCCGGCUGAUGUCCUCCCGGCAGCCGCUGCCGCCGCCUCUGCCGCCGCCGCCGCCUCCGGCCUCCUGGGCCCGGCCGGCCUGGCGGGCGUGGGUGCCUUUCCUGCCGCCCUGCCGGCCUUUUCAGGGACUGACCUGCUGGCCAUCAGUACGGCCCUCAACACACUGGCCAGCUACGGCUACAGCGCCAACUCACUGGGCUUGGGCCUCGGCUCGGCCGCGGCCUCCGGGGUCCUCGCGGCCGUCGCGGCUGGGGCCAACCCGGCUGCCGCCGCCGCCGCCAACCUCCUAGCCUCCUACGCGGGCGAGGCUGCCGCCGGGCCGGCCGCCGGCGCCGCCCCGCCCCCGCCCCCUCCGCCCCCCGGAGCGCUGGGCUCCUUCGCCUUGGCGGCGGCCGCCAAUGGCUACCUGGGAGCCGCAGGGGGUGGGGGUGGAGGGGGGGGCGGGGCAGGAGCCGGGGGGUUCCUGGCAGCCGAGAAGCUGGCGGCGGAGAGCGCCAAGGAGCUGGUGGAAAUUGCGGUGCCGGAGAACCUCGUGGGGGCCAUCCUGGGCAAGGGGGGGAAGACGCUGGUAGAGUACCAGGAGCUGACAGGUGCCCGCAUCCAGAUCUCUAAGAAAGGGGAGUUCCUGCCCGGCACGCGGAACCGGCGGGUGACCAUUACAGGCAGUCCCGCAGCCACGCAGGCCGCACAGUAUCUCAUAAGCCAGAGGGUCACCUAUGAGCAGGGGGUCCGUGCCACGAACCCCCAAAAAGUGGGAUAAAGGGGGGUGGGGAGCAAUGGCUCCCAACCCUCCCCACCCAUCUCCCCCCCACCCCCUGACGCCGUCCCUCUUUCCCCAUCCUGGUUUGGUUCGGGUGUCGGGCAAGGGGCUCGCUUAAAUCCACCCCACCUUUGAGUGGCUGGAUUGGAGUUGGGGAUAGGAGGUGCUCCCCAUGCUCCUCCCUCCCAGUUUGACGCACCUCCCUGUGCUUAGCUGGAUGCCCAACUCCUCCAGGGCAGCUGGGAGACUGGGGGCCCCAGUCUGUGUGAUAUCUGUAUAUAUUUUGUUGAUUUUAAUAGAAAACACGGCAUUAUUUUUCUCUUU